ACGGUUGAUGAAAAGCUGACUCUGAUGGACUCACCUUUGGUUCAGGGUAUUCCCCCUGAAGUCACCUAUUAUCUUACCGAACGGAACUCGACCCCUGGUUUUUUGGCCAGUCUUGUGUUGAAUUUCCUUCAAACAGAGACAAUGUUGAUGUAG